CCCACAAAAGUCAAAAACGAGUCCCACUCAUAAGCGAGAAGAGUGAAAUUACGGUUUUGAUAAAAAAUUCGAUCAAUGAAUUAGUGAAAUUUAAAUAAUAGCUUUAGAAGUCUUCGAGCUAACGAGAGCUUUUAUAUAGAAAGUGAUGGAAAGUCUUUUCGGUCGCGGCCAUGAUGGAUACGUGGGUCGCGAAGAACAUAUUAAAAAAUUGCAAGCAAACAACUCCGAAGAUGACAAUCUAGAUGAACUCCCACCAAUGAUGGAAGAGCUAUGUGUUGCAGACGGUCUGCGACCUAGUCCUGGAGGUCCCUUUUCCGCUUUAACACCUUCCAUGUGGCCGCAGGAAAUUCUAGCGAAAUUGGGGCAACCUGAAUCUGAGGCUGCGGGUCCUAACGAUCAGCCAGACUAUCGAUUCGACGAAUUUGGUUUUCGUGUGGAGGAAGAGGAUGGUCCAGAACAAAGCUCGAAUAAACUGCUUUCGCAACCAUUUGUAGAAGAUGCACAGCACCGAUUGCAAUGGAUUGCACAUUUAGAAUUUUCACACAACAAAGAGGCUACGGAAUUGACAUGGGAGAAUGUGGAUGUUAUGCUGCCACGUACCGAAAAGUUGCGAAAUAUGGUUCGUGAAGGUAUACCACAUUCUCUGCGAGCACAAAUGUGGAUGCGUUUAUCUGGUGCGCUGGCGAAAAAACAAAAAGGCGAAACAAGUUAUCAUGAUAUAAUUAAGGGUAUGAGUAUUUUCUUUAAUUAG